AGCCGAAGAUGUCGGCUCGGUCAUGUGAUCAGCUGUGUCCAAUCACAGCUGAUCACAUGUAAACAGGGAAAUGCCGAGGAGACAUGUACACUGAUCAUCAGGGCAUUGAUGAUCAGUGUGCCCUGAUGAUCAGUGUGGCCCCAGAAGUGCCACCUGUCAGAGUCCAUCAGUGCCAGCUGAACAGUGCCAUGUGCCAGUGCCCAUCAGUGCCACAAUGCCACAUAUCAGUGCAUACCAGUGCACAUCAAUGCCACAAAUCAGUGCCCAUCUGAGCUGCCCUUCAGUGUCACCGAUCAGUGCCAAUCAGUGCCACCUAUCAAUGCCAAUCAGUG